AUGUCAUCCGGCUCAUCAGCGUGGGCAGAGCCCCCCUCUCCCUCCCCCGCCCACGCACAGCCAAAGCCCAUCCUCCCCUCCUUCGCCGCCCUCACCCUCGACCCUUCCCUCCAUUCCGGCCCCGUUCCUCCCUCUCUCCCCACACCAUCCCCAGUCUCGCCAUCACUCGCGCAGCCUCAGCCUAUACCGAUGAACGCAAAUCCCCUCGCGGACCAUGGCCCCCUGACGCCCGCCCCCAGUCCAGGCCCGCGCGGCAGGGAGGAUGGGAGGAUGGACUUGGAAUCCCUCGGGCUCGAGAAUGACUUUCUUAAGAACUGGGUCGACCAGCAGGGGGCUUUGCCGCCGAGGGGAAAUGUUGGCGGGUGGUUUACUGCCGGUGGUGGUGCCGGGCAUGAGAGGAGCGCCGACAGCACCGCAAAGGGCAAGGGCAAGGCGCCGGUCCGACCGUCACAUGAUACCGACCUCCUCUUGUAUCAAUUCACUCGACUCCCUACAUCAGCGCGAUUCAAUUUCCUAAACUCGCUCGUCCCCGAGCUCCGAUUAGACGAAGCGCUGCUGGUCAGCCGCAAGAUCGCCCCUCUGCUUCGAAGAGACUUUCUCAAAGAACUGCCUAUCGAAUUGUCACUGCAUAUUCUGAGCUUUGUCGACGAUCCCAAAACACUGGCCCGGUGCGCUCAAGUCUCCCACUACUGGAAUGCCUUGCUGCAAGACGACGCCACCUGGCGCUACCACUUUUCCCUGCACCACCUCCCCGACGGCCCCGCAUCUCUAGCAGCCCUCGCGAGCUACAGCCCCUUUAUGAAACGCCGCACCGCCGAAAAGGAAAAGAGCCGUUCGUCCAGCACGCCCAAGAGGCUCACGCCUUUUGGGAUCGAAAAGCGUAUCGCCAAUCUCCCUGUUGCCAAGCCGCUGCCUAUACCGGGCAACACCUAUCAAUCCAUCGUGGCGCUCUCUUACCUGUCAAAGACCAACUGGACCACUGGUGGUCUUUUGCUCGCCAAGCACGUCUCCAUCGACGAUAGCGUCGUCACCAGCCUCUGUAUGGACGAUAGCUUUAUCGUCGUUGGUAUGGCCAACCAUGCGAUACACGUGUUUAACGCCGAGUCUGGAGCCUGGAUGCGAGCGCUCGAAGGGCAUGCUGCAGGCGUUUGGGCUAUGGUGCUCGUUUCUGCAAACGUCGCAGACGAUGAAGAGGAGCCAGACGAACGUGUCGGGACAGAGACGCCGCCGAGCUGGUACCAGCCACAACCGGCAUCCGGAGCGUAUAGGGACAACGGGCAGUCGCGGAGAUCGUCAUUCACGGGUGUUGCAGCGGCGGAGAGAGUACCGCCAUUGGGCAAUCCCAUGGGCGGCUCAAGACCCAGCAGCGUUAUGGGCUACUCUUCCCUCGGGCAAUUCGAUUACCCCUCCGGCCCCCAUGCGGGCAGCAGCUCGCAUCGCCGGCCGUCCCCUCCACCUCCGCCUUCCCCGGGAUCGACGCGGAAAAAGAGGCGGGAAGGAGGAGGAGGGAGCGAUGUGACUGGGAGUAUAAAAGGCUGGCCUGGGCUUGGUUAUAAUAUGGCGGUUAGUGGGGGGUGUGAUAGGGAUAUCAAGGUGUGGAAUGUGGAUACCGGGGAAUGUAUCCUUACCAUGACCGGCCACACUUCUACCAUCCGAUGUCUCAAAGUUCUCCCCGGUCGACCCAUCAUCGUCUCUGGAUCCCGCGACAAUACCAUCCGCGUAUGGAACCUGGAGACUGGAGAAGAAUUGCAUACUUUGAGGGGACAUGCGGGGAGUGUGCGGUGUGUGGAGGUCUGGGAUCUGGGAGAGGAAGGCGGGGGCGGUAGGGCUGUUAGUGGAAGCUAUGAUCAUACCGCGAGACUAUGGAACCUCGAAACCGGCGAAUGUCUCCAAGUCUUCUCCGGCCACUACGCCGAAAUCUACUCUAUCGCCUACAACGGCUUCACAGAUACCAUCAUCACCGGUUCCCUCGACUGCACCGUCCGCGUCUGGAAAGCCUCCACCGGCGAGUGCCUCGCCCUCCUCCAAGGCCACACCGCCCUCGUGGGCCAGCUCCAACUCGAAGGCAACCGUCUCAUCACCGGCGGCUCAGACGGCCGCGUCAUCAUAUUCGACCUCACCUCAUACACCUGCAUCCACCGUCUUUGCGCACACGACAAUUCCGUCACUACCCUUCAGUUCAACCAUCAGUUCAUCCUUUCCGGCGGGAAUGAUGGAAGAGUAAAGCUGUGGGAUCUGCAUUCGGGGAGGUUUGUGAGGGAGCUGACGAAACCGUGUGAUGCGGUUUGGAGAGUCGGGUUCAGGGGGGAUAGGGUGGUGGUGCUUUGUCAGAGGGAUGGGAAGACGAGUUUGGAGGUUGUCAGUUUUAGGGUUGGGGAGGGGGAGAAGGCGAGGAAGAAGAGUAGGCCGGAGGGGUCGGGUUCGCGCAGGGGCGGAGUGGAGAGGAUGCGCAAGUUAUCAUUGCCUUUAAUCUAA